GUUCUGCAACGAGGGCGUCUCCUGUCCCCAGCCGGUCUUCUGGUCCCCGUGGGUGUCCUGGACCAAGUGCAGCACAGAGUGCGGAGGCGGAGUCCACUCCAGAGUCCGGUCCUGUGAGAACGGAAACAGCUGUCCAGGAUGUGCUUUGGAGUACAAGGCCUGUAACCUGGAGGCGUGUCCCGAGGUGAAGAGGAACACGCCCUGGACGCCCUGGAUGCCCAUCAACGUGACGCAGGGCGGCGCCCGCCAGGAGCAGAGGAUGCGCUACAUGUGCCGAGCUCACCUGUCCGAUCCUCACGAGCUGCAGAUCGGACGCAGGAAGGUGGAGACGCGCUUCUGUCCCAACGACGGAACGGCAGCCUGCGAGACGGACAGUAAGUUCAACCAGCCGACACUGAUUAUUGAACAUUGAUGAUCCAUAAACUACUGGAUUCAU